UCGGCGUGUGUGUCUCGCAAAUGAAUCAGAAGAUGGCGGAAGCUCCCCCACGACCCAACCGGUUUUUCUGUCACCGAUGUUCAGCAGAGAUCAGCCCUCUCCUCCCGGAUUACACCUGUCCUCGGUGCCAGUCAGGCUUCAUCGAGGAGCUUCUGGAGGGCAGAAGCGCUGACAAUGAGGCCACGCCCACCCCUUCCACGAGCAGCAGUCAGAGCCAGCAGCCAUAUCAGACCGCAGACCAGCGCUUGUUUGCGUUCCCCCCCGGGUUCGGGCAGUUUGCUCUGGGCAUCUUUGACGAGGGCUUCGACUUCGGCCUGCCGCAGGAGGACAGCCGCGACACGGAGACCCGGCGGGAGCAGGCGUACCGCCAACGCUACAGCGCCAGGCACCCGCGCGGCCGUCAGGCCCCCCGGCGACAGGUUGCCAGGCAGGAGGGGGUGCCCACGCUGGAGGGGAUCAUCCAGCAGCUGGUGAACGGGAUCAUCGCCCCCACCGCCAUGGCCAACAUCGGCAUGGGGCCCUGGGGGAUACUCCACUCCAGCCCCAUGGACUACGCCUGGGGGGCCAACGGACUGGACGCCAUUAUCACACAGUUAUUAAAUCAGUUUGAGAACACCGGACCUCCGCCGGCUGACAAGGAGAAGAUCAAAAGCCUCCCCACCGUCCAGAUCACAGAAGUACAUGUCGGCUCUUGUCUGGAGUGCCCUGUGUGUAAAGAGGACUACAGUGUGGGAGAGAGCGUAAGACAGCUGCCCUGUAAUCACCUCUUCCACAACGACUGCAUCGUACCCUGGCUGGAACAGCACGACACGUGUCCGGUCUGCAGGAAGAGCCUCAGUGGUCUGAACACCGCCACAGAUCCUCCGGGACUGUCAGGCAUGAGCUUCUCCCCCUCCUCCUCCUCCUCCUCCUCCUCUUCCUCACCGUCCAGCUCGCCCAGCAACGAGAACGCCGCCGACACCUCGUAAAGACUCCGGCCGCCCCUCGCACGGCUCUGUCCCCUGUGAGACCCGGCCCCCCAGGGGGCCCCUCCUCGUUCCAUGGGCCUGCCUCCUUGUACGUUGAAGAGCACACCUGGGCCCUGUUUCACCCUGGGCCCGGAUUCCAAGAAGAAGACUGGCAUGAAGUGGAGCACCCUACCCUGGUGAGAACCCCCCCCUUCCACAAAAGCAGCAAGUGACCAUUUUUCCAUUUGCUUGGAAUCUGACCUUUGACCUCUGACCCCUGGACUGACACCAGCUAGGGGAGGCCGGGGGCCUGGGGGUUGGGGGCGGGGGACUGUAGACAGAACCAGCCAAUCGGGUGGUGAGAUUGGUUCAGUUUGACAUGGGAGGAACCAAUGAAAUAAAUUCACAGGAAUGCCGUAAACAACAUUGAACUAGCCCUCCCCGGCACUGAGAGAAGAGGUUUCUGUUUGUGUGUAUGUGUGUGUCUAUGUGUGUGUGUGUGUGUGUGUUUGCACAGGAGCAUACGUUUACUCUUCCUAAAUAAAGUGCAGUAAACAUAUGCUUGGCAAUGCUUUUAAAUGCAGUGGGUGUGUGAAUGGAGAGGUUUUGAUUUGGACCACUGCAUUGUUCUGGUUUUGAUUUGGACCACUGCAUUGUUCUGGUUUUGAUUUGGACCACUGCAUUGUUCUGGUUUUGAUUUGGACCACUGCAUCGUUCUGGUUCUCUUGAUUCUGAACUGCAGCGACCAGCUGCUUCUUCACACUACAGGGACUGGCGCCAAAAAACCCGGCACUGAAGCGGUGCUGAAUGUACAGCAUUUUCCCGCGCAUAAUUACGUUCUCUCUGCAUAAUUUAUGAAUGUGUUUUCUCGAGCAGGAAGUCUUAUCCACAAAGGGGAGGAGCCUGAAAUUGAAGUUGUAUUUCCCUCGGAAUGACCACACUUACGUUCUUUCCAUGUAUGUUCCGUGAAUUUCCCUUUUUUUAUUUUGUAUUAACUUAUUUUAAGUUAGUGACUUGUUUUGUAAGAAUGACAAUAAAACAGUGUGAAUCAAGAACAUGAACGUAAA